AUGGCUUCCUGUCCCUUCGUAUUCUGGGCCCAAAAUCCUGACGAAUUAUUUUUGAGGGUUGACUUAAGAGAUUCAACGGAUGUUGAGACGAAAGUAAAUGGCAACGUUUUUGAUUUUAAAGGCGUUGGUUUUGGAGCUCAAGGGCGAAAAGAAUAUGCUUUUUCGCUCCCUCUUUCUGGAGAGGUUGAACUUUCAAAGGUGACCGGAGAGGGAAGAAGUUCUUUGCAGUAUGUGUUUAAGAAGAAAGUCAGCGGUUGGUGGACUUCGGUAACUAAAAAUCAUAAACGCAUUUCUUGGCUAAGGGUUGACUUUGAUCGCUUUAAAGAUCCUGACGAGAGCGAUUCUGCAGAAGGGUUUGAGAUGAUAAAUCCCGAGCAGGUUUCUUAUGAUGAAAAAAUGGAGGAGUUGACAAGAAAAAUUCUGGGUGAUAAUAAAAAGCCAAAUCUACCUUUUGGAGAAGCAUCCAAGUUUUUGAAAGAGCUGCAAGGCACGAUGAAAAAUACGUUGAAGUACUACUUGGUUGCUUACAAUAUUAUUAUGUUUUUACUUCACUUUUACGUAUUGACAAAUUUGAUGUGGUAUUACGUGCUCGAAGGGAUGGAUUUUGUAAACAGCUUUUGGUCUUCGAAAUCGUCCCUAAUCAUGUUUUGUACAAAGUUGCAGCUUUUUGACGUUAUACACUCUCUUGCUGGCAUAACGAAAACAGGGCCUGCUGCCUCCUUGAUUCAGGUUUUGGGUCGCUUAACGGUUUUGCAUGUUAUUGACAGCUACACAUAUCUGCAUUCUGUAACUUCCACUUUUUCUCUUAUGGCUGUCUAUUUCCUCAUCGAGAUAUUCAGGUAUCCCUACUAUACUGUUAGCUGCUUGAAGAAAGAAUACAAAUUGACUACAUGGCUGAGGUACAACAUGUGGAUUCCUCUAUAUCCGGCUGGCUUCAUAUUGGAAGCUAUAACAUUAUUCCGCGCCAUUCCUUAUUACUAUGAAAGUGGUGUGUUCAGCAUGAAAAUGCCUAAUGCUGCAAACAUUUCAUUUAAUUUUGGUGUCUUCCUCACUUUUCUUCUAUUGAUGUUACCAUUCAAAAAAAAUUUCUUGUACAGAGAGGGUAACUGGGGUAAUAAACGGGUCAAAACUGCGUCACUUAUUAUGGGCAGAGCUGUAGUUGCGUUUUUGGCAAAGGCUGUAACUGUAUUGGAAAAUAACUGGCUUUUCUGCAACUUGGAAGUUUUGAUAAUCUACAUUUUUGCGAAUAAAUCGCUGGUUACCUAUUAUAUUAUAUGUUUCACCAGCGGAGCAAAAAGUUUGUUUCGAUACAGAAGAAGCUGUGGUAAUAUUCACAUUUCCUGUGCUACAGCUGCCUCAGCAAUGCUCGCCUGCCAAUCUUCAACAAUUGUUUCAUCGAAUUGA